CAAAGGGACAAAGAAUUUGAGCCGCAGUGUUGCUAAAUGUUAACUGGUUCACGUGUUGCUUAAGAGACCUUGUCUGGGGGGCGAGGAGAAGUUGGACAUCAGCUGUGAGAAGGCCUUUUUUUUUUGGUUGACAGAAAUGAGGGCUGCUUUGGAAACAGCAGACAUUGCCAUUGUGGCACUGUACUUCGUGCUGGUAAUGUGCAUAGGUUUCUUUGCCAUGUGGAAGUACAAUCGGAGCACCGUAAGUGGCUACUUCCUGGCAGGGCGUUCUAUGACCUGGGGAGCUAUUGGUGCCUCUUUGUUUGUGAGCAAUAUUGGAAGUGAACAUUUCAUUGGGCUCGCAGGAUCUGGAGCAGCAAGUGGAUUUGCAGUAGGUGCGUGGGAGUUCAACGCCUUAAUGCUUUUGCAGCUUUUGGGAUGGGUCUUCGUCCCAGUCUACAUCCGGUCGGGAGUGUACACCAUGCCUGAAUACUUGUCCAAGCGGUUUGGAGGGCAUAGGAUUCAAAUCUAUUUUGCAGCCUUGUCUCUAAUUCUUUAUAUCUUCACCAAACUCUCGGUUGACUUGUAUUCAGGGGCACUUUUUAUCCAAGAGUCCCUAGGGUGGAACCUCUAUCUGUCGGUGAUCCUGCUGAUUGGAAUGACGGCGCUGUUGACUGUGACUGGAGGUCUUGUGGCUGUCAUCUACACGGACACCCUUCAAGCCCUGCUUAUGAUUAUUGGUGCCCUCACACUUAUGAUCAUAAGUAUCACAGAGGUUGGUGGGUUUGAAGAAGUGAAAAGAAGGUACAUGUUAGCCUCACCAAAUAUCACAUCUAUCUCCUUAACCUACAACAUUUCCAAUACCAAUUCAUGCAACGUGGACCCAAAGCCUGAUGCUCUUAAAAUGUUACGGGAGCCAACGGACGAAGACAUUCCCUGGCCUGGUUUUCUGUUGGGACAAACUCCAGCUUCUGUCUGGUACUGGUGUGCUGAUCAAGUCAUAGUGCAGAGAGUUCUAGCUGCAAAAAAUAUUGCUCAUGCCAAAGGAUCCACUCUGAUGGCAGGUUUCCUAAAGCUGCUGCCCAUGUUCAUUAUAGUUGUCCCAGGGAUGAUUUCCAGGAUACUGUUUGCAGAUGACAUUGCCUGCAUCAAUCCAGAACACUGUUUCCAAGUCUGUGGGAGCAGAGCUGGGUGCUCCAACAUUGCCUACCCACGGCUGGUGAUGAAGCUGGUGCCUGUGGGCCUGAGGGGACUCAUGAUGGCCGUGAUGAUUGCUGCGCUGAUGAGUGACUUGGACUCCAUCUUCAACAGCGCCAGCACCAUCUUCACCCUCGAUGUCUACAAGCUCAUCCGGAAGAGUGCGACGUCCCGGGAGCUGAUGAUCGUUGGAAGAGUCUUCGUGGCCUUCAUGGUGGUUAUCAGCAUUGCCUGGGUGCCCAUCAUUGUGGAAAUGCAAGGUGGGCAGAUGUACCUUUAUAUCCAAGAAGUAGCAGACUACCUGACCCCACCGGUGGCUGCUCUGUUCCUCAUGGGGAUCUUUUGGAAGCGUUGCAAUGAGCAGGGAGCUUUCUAUGGAGGCAUGGCUGGGUUUGUGCUGGGAGCCAUCAGGUUGAUCUUGGCCUUUAUCUAUCGUGCUCCAGAGUGUAACCAGCCAGAUACAAGGCCAGGCUUCAUCAAAAACAUCCAUUACAUGUAUGUGGCAACAGCUCUCUUCUGGAUCACUGGGAUUGUGACCUUUGUGGUGAGCCUUCUCACCCCUCCACCUACAAAGGAGCAGGUGAGGACAACCACCUUCUGGGCUGUGAAGAGCAGGAACGUGACAGAGACCGCGGCCAAGGGGGAGCUGUACAAAGUGCAGGAGAAGAGCAUCCUCAAGUGCAAUGAGAAUGCUAACCACAUCAUUCCAAAUGGCAAGUCUGAGGAGAACAUGAAGAACAUGAAGCCAGAGGAUAUCAAUCUCCUGGUGACUUGCAGAGAUGACAGCAACCCAGUGAUUUCCGUGAGCCACUCCGAGGUGGAGACACCAGUUGAUUGUUACUCCAAUGGACAAGCAGCUUUGAUGGGAGAGAAAAAGCAUGAGGAAGAGACUGAGGAGAGAGAGAGACAUUUGAAAUUCAUAGAUUGGUUCUGUGGCUUUAAAAGUAAAAGCAUGAACAAGAGAGCUGUGAGGGAGGUGGAGGAAGAGACAGUUUGUUUACAAAUGCUGGAAGAGACUCCCAAAGUUAAACUAUUACUAAAUACUGGACUGGUUUGUGUCUGUUCACUUGGAAUCUUCAUGUUUGUCUAUUUCUCUUUGUGA